AUGAGCGGCAGUCGAGUCACUCGAGUGUCAUAUAAACUAUCCGAAUUAGCCAAAAGUUUACCUGAGGUUGAAUUUAAAUCAUACUGUGAAAAAAUUGAAGAACUGAAAUGUAAUGAUCCUCUUGUAAUUGAUCUACAUUUAUACAAAUCUGGAAGUGACCUUAAGAAACUCAUCCCUCCAAUAACGAGGGAUCAUCUUAUCCUUUAUUUAAUCGUUGAACGGCGUGGCAGUGAUUUUGAGAAAGUAGAGGCGGUUAACAACUUAUUGGCAUCAGAACAGUACUUGACCAAUACCUUCAGUGAUAAACUUCUGGCCUUCCCGUUAACAAAUGGAACUGUUAUUAUCAGAAGUCACAUUACUCAUUCACAAACUUUAUCUGCUAAGCCAGCCACACCAUGGGCAGCCUUACUCAGUGAUGGUAAAAUUUUUGCCGCUUUCUGUGACUGUGUAGCUGGGCUUGGUUGCAGUUGCAUCCACGUGAGUGCUUUACUUCAGCAAGCAAUUGCUCAUACCAAAGAGGAAAAUUCUACCUCUUCCAAUAAUGUUCAAAUCGUAAAUCCAAAGCCUAUCAUUCCAGUUACAUCCCUACCUUGCAAGUGGAAUAGACCAGGGAAAGGACCUGUUAGUUACAAAUUCUAAUUCAAUUACAAAUAUAUAUAUAUAUAUAAUAGACUGAUACUUUUCUUUGUUACAAAUUA